CUAUAGACAUUUCCUUGUCUACACAAACACGAAGAAUUCCUGCUGGAACGCUAGAGAUUUGGGUGUUUGUAAUCUGAUCGCUGUGAUAAUGGAUACAGUAGGUAAGUGAUCCCUGUAGCAUGGGAAGUUCACAUUACUGUUUUUGUUUUGUAUUUUCUGCUUUGAUCAUUUUUAGUCAAUGGAGGUGUUUUUCUGACCAGUGAUUUGUCAUCUCUAAGGUUGCCACCUGGCUGGUAUCUUGGUCUGUUUGGUGCUAGUAUUGCAAAAAUGCUGUCCAGGUAAAAGCUGGUAACUCUGUGACUGGUCUCUUAAAGCGGUGAGAGAAAUCCAGUCAGAACGUCAACAUGGUAUAGACCCAGAAUGUCACAAUUCUACACAGCGCAUGCACUGAAACACACUACCACACAUGCAUAACAAUGCCUAUACUGACACACAAUGUAAGUAACCUUUUUAGAGACUGGUCCUUGUUCAACUUAUCCCAUGUCACCAAAUGUGACUAAUUAUGCAAAUUGGCAAGGCUGCUUUAAUUUCAAUAAUAAUGGCAACCCUAGUUAAAUUUCCAGGCAGAGUAACUGUCUUGUCUCCACUCCCUGCACAUCCACAUUGUCCUAGAGUUAGAAUCUUUGGAUGAUUCUGUAGACAAAUUCUCCCCUUGCUCUCCAUGUGGCAUAACAUCUCUCCUUUCUGCUAAGAAUGUCUGACCUAUAGGGUAAAGGAACAUUCCAUGCACUGUUUUUGUUUGUUGGGCUGUGUAAGUGCUGACUGACCAGGCUGGAUUAACACAGGAACUGACUUGAUUCUGUGUUUUUUAAUUUUUUUAUUUUUUUUUAAACCCUACUCUUCAUAUACUCUUGCUUAAGUAUGGAAACUUGAAGAGAUGUAUGGGAACAAAACUCAUGCUGACUGGUUGACAGUGAAAUUGGUUAAGGUAAUGCUGACUUUGGUCUCUCUAACACUGUGGCAUGUCCCCUUUCUUCUACACUACCUAAACACCACUUUUAUUUUUUAUUUUAUUUUUUUUUUACACCAGGAGCUUCUUCCUGCUAGUAAGGCGACAAGGGGGCAAUCCUUGGAAAGCAUGGAGCAAGCAUGUUAAGUUGGCAUUCCAAUCUGGACCUGGUACUUGAAAUAUGCCCUUCUAUAGAUCUCUGCAGAAACCAAAUAACCAGCAGUCAGCCUAGCUGUGGAGGUAAUCUUCCACUUCAUUGGCGCUACAGAGCUAAUGUGAGAGGAAAGUGCUAGAGUGGCCUGCCUUCUCCAAAUGUCUCUGGGCUUCCGGGACAGCUCAAUGAAUGGAAAGCCUCAAGCUCACACCUCAAAACAAAAGCUUUCUUUCAAAAAGCCUCUGGUCACUUCCUUGGCACAGACUGACCCCUGUCUCAGAUAUAAAGGGAUGAUGAAAAGGCUGCAGACAUGAGAUCCUUCUGAUAGAGUGACCUGUCCAUUUUUCUUUACUGUGGUCCACCACAAUGAAAUAGCCUUUUGUCCUUGCCUGCAUAGUGGUAAGCAGAGGCAUAGGGAAGUGUGUAAAAAUAAACUUCAUGUUGUCUGUGUAUGUAUUAGUCAGGGGAGGUGUGGAUAGGACUAAAAUAAUAUUUGGAUUGGAAGUUAAUUAAUGCAGUUAUCUAAGGGUCUUUUAGAUGUUCUAUUAAUGGUUUAGCAGCAUUCAUAUUAAACGGGUCCCUGGCUAGUUACACCGUGCACUGCCACCAUUCAAAUAUCCCCAGUUAGCUGUAUACCCAAUCUCAUUUAUGCCAUUUGUGAAAUUUGUUCAGUUACAUGUGUGCAUUCUACAUUUAUCUUGGUUCCUCCGCAAUCAUUCCGAUUGACAUCUCUCCUAACCCCAAUCCCCCCUCUGAUACAGUCCUGUUGUACUUGUUCUACAUUGCCAGUCUCCUUAGAAUUUACUUCUAUUGUCUCCUUUCUGUGCAGGAGUUAAAGCCUCAUUCACUUAUGCCAAAUGCUAGAUCAUGCUAAAACUGAGCUUGUAAAUUGUACAAGCACUCACACCGUUGAUGGAUCUCACAGUUGAAAUGGAUAUUGUAACCCUAAAUGAUGCUGUUUAUAGGUAAAGUUAAAUAAAAACAAAUUGUUGCUGUAGUUUAGGUCCUAACAUCUGUUCCCCUUACCUUUCAGAAACCCUCCUCUUCAUUGUAACCAGGAAAGAAUAUGUUGCUGGAGCUGGAUUGCCACCCAGUCAUGAAGAUGACAACUACAUUAGGCGAGCAGUUCCUCUAGGGAAGCUAAUGAAUGCCUCCAGGGUUUUCUUUAGUCCUGAAGGGGAACUGUUUGCUGUCCGUGGUGGAGAUGUGUACCGAGGACCUAUGCCUUCAGAGCAAGGCUUGGAAUGGUUCAAAACUGCAAAAAAGGUUGGCAAAGUUGACUGGGACAGCUUCAAAUGUAUCCUCUUUGAUCCCAAUGGUGUCUUAUAUGCAGUAACCGGCAAAGGGGAUUUCUACAAGGGCCCCGCUCCAACCAAUGAAAACAUGCCCUGGCUUUAUCGCCAAGCCACCAAAAUAGGAUCUGGUAUGUGGAACUCACUAAGGGCCCUCUUCUUUGAUCCUCAAGGCAUUCUGUAUGCAGUGAAAUCAGAUGGCCGUCUUGUGAAGAGAAACCCCCCAACAGACUCCAAGGAAGACUGGUUUGCGACAUGCAUACCUGUUGGCAAUGAGAACUGGUUCCAGCUCACUCAUUUCAUGGCUUUCAGUCCUGAUGGAUCAUUCUGGUGUGUCAAUGAUUACACUGGAAAAAUGUUUAGAUGGUCCCCUCAAGCAGUACAUUCCAACUUUGCGCAUAAAGAUGCUGAGUACAUGGGCUGGGGCUAUAGUGCAGGCCUCUUCUUUGCUUUCACCUGUGACAAAAUCAUCUCCAGUAUUGAGAGCCUUGCAUUCCUUCCAGAUGAUGGUAAAAUUGUAUCCCAAGACCCUACAGUGCUGAAAAAUGAAACCUUCACAAACACCAGUGAUGCUCCUCUUAAAUAUACCUUUACGUAAGUAAAGACCUCAGGUAAACCUCAUUCCAGAAUAGGUAACUCUAUGGGUUCCACAUUGGACUAGGACACAUUCCUGUUUAAAGCCAACUCAAGAGGGCAAAGACAGUGUGGACAUGUCCCCACCAAUAUAUGCAGAAUAGUGGUUCAAGCACUCUGUGAUAACUAAAAUAGCAGCUUUAUUGGGGAAAAAGCAGCAAUGUUUUGGCCCUACUGCUUCUUUAUCAAGCGUAUGUUCUCCCCAAUUACAUGUGCCUCACUUUGAUGCCCUUUUUGGAGAGUGCUUGGAGAGAGAAAACUUAUUGACUAGCUUCAAAUGUGUUUUCUGGGGAUGGUGUUCCUAUUUCUGCCAUUCCUGUCAUAGGGACAGGGUUGUCUGUUGCAAGCAAAGAAACUGCUAGUUGGGGAAAGCAUCCUGUAAGGUUGCAUGUUUAACAUAGAAACAUAGAAUGUUACGGCAGAUAAGAACCAGUCAGCCCAUCUAGUCUGCCCAAUUUUCUAAAUACUUUCAUUAGUCCCUGGCCUUAUCUUAUAGUUAGGAUAGCCUUAUGCCUAUCCCAUGCAUGCUUAAACUCCUUUACUGUGUUAACUUCUACCACUUCAGCUGGAAGGCUAUUCCAUGUAUCCACUAUCCUCUCAGUAAAUUAAUACUUCCUGGUGUUAUUUUUAAACCUUUGUCCCUCUAAUUUAAGACUUUGUCCUCUUGUUGAUUUCUACUCUUAAAUAUAGUCUCCUCCUUUACUGUGCUGAUUCCCUUUAUAUAUUUAAAUGUUUCUAUCAUAUCCCCCCUGUCUCGUCUUUCCUCCAAGCUAUACAUGUUAAGAUCCUUUAACCUUUCCUGGUUAUAUAUAUUUUUUUUUUUUUUUUAUCCCACAAUCCAUGUUUGUGUGAAUGCUGCUUGUAAGAACAAUGUUUGUAGGGUUGUAUUCACACAUUUGCCCAAUGUAUUUCUUAGACAAUAUGGUCUUAGACUUGGCUUCUUUACAAUCAGAUUCAGAUGUAGAACUGUGUGCAUCUGUCUGCGUAGUCCAAGAAUAGUCAUGGCAGGACUAUGGUGUAACUGUAUGCCCCGAUUGCUUUGUGUUGCCUUGAGUCAGUGUUAAAAUGGCUUCUGGAAGCUAGGUCACUAUAACCCCCUUAAUGACACAAGGUAAACUGAAGCCCUCUAAAGCAAUCACACAGUAGAUGUGUUGUACAAGCUUAGACUGGUUUAGUCUGUUUGAGAAAAGAAACUAACCCUGUCCCUGUUCUCUCAUGCUAGGGUUUCAAAAACUGAAAAAACUACCAGCACCUUCAGCCAGGAACAUGGAUUCACAGUUCAGGUUGGAGCAGAGCUGACUUUUAAAGCUGGGAUCCCCUUCAUAGCUGAAACAGAGGGGAAGAUUUCAGUCAACACUAGUACAUCUCAUACCAGGAACUUUAUCACAACCAAUGAAAUCGAGGUAAUGGGACUGGGUAUUAUUUACUGAUUUGAGAUGAGGGAUAUAAAUAGUAUUUGCCAGUAGUAGCUUAAAACCUAGUUGACCAGUCUAAAGGAGCAGUAGCUGCUGAGAUGCACAUAAGGUUACUGCCUUGCAAUUUCUCCUGCCUGGAAGCCAGCAGAUGUCUAGAUGAGGAAGUGACCAGAGAAAAGGCUUCUGAAAGUUGUAGUUCAGUUACUGGAUUUAUAUUAAUGGCAAGCUUGGCAAUACAGAAGCCUUUACCGCAGAGCUGCUCAAUAGGUAGAUUCCCAGGAGUUUUAGCUCUACCAAUUGGGUAGUCCUGCUUUACUAUACUUGAAAUAAACUUGCAUGGAAAACACAGCCAAAGGUGUGUACUGUAGCUGGUAUGUGAUGUUACAGAUCCAUUCUACCAAAUAUGCUUGCGUUGAACAGGUGAUGAGGCAGGGAAGAAGCAAAAUGCUUAAACUGUAGUCUUGCUUUAAAAAAAAAAGCAGAUAUGGACCGACAACAGCCAUAAGCCAUAAAAUGCUGGUGAUGGUACUUGGUAAGACUUUUGCAAUAUCCCAGUGUUCAGAGUUUGCACCACUAUCCUCCAAUCCAUUGACUUGUUUAUAAAGGUUGAAGGCUAAAUUAAAUCUUCAGAUGAAUCCUUGUGGUCUAUUACUGGCUGAGUGAUCUAUGGAAAUAUGCCUAAUCCUUAUUAGGAUUACUGUAUCUGCUCCCAUAAUUUUGUCUUGUGUUCUUCUGUUUGUUCUAGGCACAGCAUGACUAUCAAACUACCUGACUCUUGUUCUCUGUAUUGUAAGAAAAAUCCAUAUUGCUUUUCCUAAAGAUCAGUAUGCUCUUUUACAAGGUUGCUUCUCUUCUGUCCCCCUACAGACUCUCUUCUCUGCUACUACAGAGGUCACAUUGGAACCACACACCAGUGUACGUGUCAAAGCUUCCAUCAUGAAGGGAAAAAUGGAUGUGCCUUACCGUGCCAGGGCCAAAACCAUGUUUGGCUAUGAAACUACUGUAGAGGGAAUAUGGAAAGGAGCCAGUUGUUUUGACCUCAUGGUCUCCCAAGAGAACUACAAACCAUUGGCUCGGUCUCUUUAUAAACUCAGGAUAGAGAACCAUAGUUCAAACCCACUUACCUGUGUUCAAUAG